AUGUUCGACACAAUCCGUCGUGUGGGGGCUGGGGAGAUGGAAAAUCAGGCUGGCACGCUUAGUAGGGACAAGUGUGCGUACUCCAGUUGCUUGAUGAAGGGCUACACCCGGCAUGAGGUUCAGUGUGCGUUACAAGACAAAGAAAUGUUCCUGCUGAUAACGUGGUGGUGUGUACCUCUCCCUUACGGUAAGAUCCUCGAACUCGAAAACCAGUUGACUAAACAUAGGCUAGAUGUGGGCAGCACUGUGCAAAGGUUCAUGGGCUCGUUUAUCCCAGUGAUGUGA